AUGGAUAGAGCUACGCCCAGUAGGUCGGGGGAUUUAUGUGAUGUAGGGCGACUUAUGGAGACUUGGUCUAGAAGAGGACAUGUGGAUAUUGGACAGCCGAUUAUCGCCUCAUCCUCCGGCAUGGGUGACCACAGAAAACCUCGAAAGACAGAGGACCCUUUCCUCCUCAAUUACGAUGACGCCGAAGUUCGGAUCGCCGCCGAGUUUUUGUCCAAUUGGCUGCCUUUUCUGUCCCGCGGUCUCUGCAAAUCCUGCACCCGAACUCUCUCCGAUGGCAUCCGAUCCCUCAACACUGGUGUGCAGCUAAAUCUCGCUUUUUUACAUGUCAUUCGCUCAUUUACUUUUGAAUUUUUGGGGUUUUCAGACCACAGGAGUGACCCUCGUGGGUUUGAUGCUUCUACUGCGAACACUAUUCAUCUGAACGGAUGCAAAGAAGAUCAAGGUUACUGUAGUGCCCAUUCGACCGGAAGCAGGAACGAAGGUGAGGAUAAUAACGACUGUACGGACACUCACUCAUUGGGAAGUUGGAAAGAUGAGGCCGAAGGGAUCCCAGAGAAAUCUGUUGAAGCAUCACCAACGAGCGAAACAUUCAGCCUUUCAGCACCAUCUGCAAGCUCACUUCGCAAGAAGUCUUGGGCCGAUAUGGCUUUGGAAGACGAACUUGCUGUAGAGGAUGAAAAUGAAGUGAGCAGUAGACUUAUUGAUGUGAAUGAUCGCUCUGCGGAGGAAACAUCUGUGACUGAAGCAAAUAAGCUAAAAGUGGCGUUGUCGAGGGAUCAGAGAGAAUACAUCCGCUUUAACAGCGUCCAGAGAAAAAAGGAUUUCAUAUGUUUGGAAAGAGUCAAUGGGAGAUUUACAAACAUACUUGAUGGGCUGGAGCUGCAUAAAGGUGUUUUUAGUGCUGCAGAACAGAAGAGGAUUGUCGAAUAUGUGGAACAGCUACAAGAGAUGGGAAGGAAAGGGGAGUUGAAAGAGCGGACAUAUUCUGCACCCGCGAAGUGGAUGAGGGGAAAGGGACGCAUAACUCUUCAAUUUGGCUGUUGUUACAACUAUGCCACAGAUAAAAACGGUAAUCCGCCAGGUAUUCUCAGGAAUGAAAUGGUCGAUCCAUUACCCCAUCUAUUCAAGGUGAUGAUUAAAAGGCUGAUUAGGUGGCACGUUUUGCCUCCAUCUUGUGUGCCCGACAGCUGUAUCGUGAACAUCUAUGAGGAGGGGGACUGUAUACCCCCACAUAUCGAUAAUCAUGAUUUCGUGAGGCCAUUCUGCACUGUCUCGUUUCUCAGCGAGUGUGAGAUACUGUUUGGGUCAAACCUCAAGAUUGUUGGUCCUGGCGAGUUUUCCGGUUCAUAUGCCAUCCCCCUUCCAGUUGGUUCUGUUCUCGUCAUAAAUGGCAAUGGAGCUGAUGUGGCGAAACAUUGUGUGCCUGCAGUCCCUUCCAGAAGGAUAUCUAUUACAUUUAGGAGGAUGGGAGAGUCAAAACGGCCGAACAGAUAUGUAGAUGAAGCGGAUUUGCAAGAGAUUGAGCCACUGCCGAAUGAGAGGAAGCAUAAUAGUGGAGGAGUUGGGCGUUUGACGAGUAAAGCAGAGUCUGAUAUGAAUAAUGGUAGGGUGGUUGGCAGGCGAAGAGGACUGCUCGACAAAUAUCUCGAGCCCCGUCGCCCCAGAAACAUGUCAUAGUUGAAGAUCAAUGAUGAUGGAUUAGGUGUAAUUGGCUUGUUUGGCUACAUUAUAAUUUAUAAUUUUUUAAUCGAGUGUGUAUACUUCCAACUUCCAAUAUCCUGGGUUUGAGUGCCCUUUUUUUCUUCACCCCAUUUGUUUUUUUUGUUUUUUUUUGUUUUUUGUUUUGUUUUGUUUUGUUUUUUUUUUUUUUUUUUUUUUUCUUAUUUGAUUUUGAGCUUCAUAGUAGGCGGUUGCGUAUAUUGGUUAAUUUAAGGUAUGAAUAAGAGAUAAUAAUGGUGUUGUCAAAUACAAAUGUAAAUAUAGAAA